CCGCCGCCACCACCCCCGGCGUCUCUUUCCCCGGAGCCGUCCCCGUCCGCAGAGCCACCGCGGGGACAAGCUGGGCCAGGGCUGCGGCCUCCAGGGCGCCGGUCCUCGGGCCCGUGGCCGCUGUCCAGGAGCCCCGCGCUGCCCUGCCAGGGCAAGUUAUUUAGAUUGUAAGGAAUUUUCACAUUCCUGGGAACGUCCUUAAAGGAUCAUUUUCACUGUUGCACAAGAAGCAGCUCUGGAUCUAUAAUUGCCCUUCAAGAAGUCCUUUGGGUGGGUUACACAUAUAGAUGUUUUCAUGAAGAGGGGUGAAAAGCCAGAAGGAUAUAGACAAAUGAGGCCUAAGACCUUUCCUGCCAGUAACUACACUGGCAGCAGCCGACAAAUGUUGCAGGAAAUCCGGGAAUCCCUAAGAAAUCUGUCCAAACCAUCGGAUGUUCCUAAGACCGAGCAUAACACGAGCAAAAUGUCAGCUGAAGAUCCUCGGCAAGUGAGGAAUCCACACAAAUUUGGAACAUAUCAUAAAGCUUUGCAAGAAAUUCGAAACUCCCUGCUACCAUUUGCAAAUGAAGCGAGUUCUUCCUCCCGGAGUUCUUCAGAAGUUAAUCCACAAAUGUUUCAGGAUUUACAGGCGGCUGGAUUUGAUGAGGACAUGGUUAUCCAAGCUCUUCAGAAAACCAAUAACAGAAGCAUAGAAGCAGCAGUUGAGUUCAUUAGUAAAAUGAGCUACCAAGACCCUCGGCGGGAGCAGAUGGCUGCAGCAGCUGCCAGACCCAUCAAUGCCAGCGUGAAACCAGGGAAUGUGCAGCCAUCAAUUAACCGCAAACAAAGCUGGAAAGGUUCUAAAGAGUCCUUGGUUCCUCAGAGACAUGGCCCACCCCUAGGAGAAAGCGUUGUCUAUCGUUCUGAAAGUCCCAACUCACAGACAGAUGUAGGAAGACCUUUGUCUGGUUCUGGAAUUGCAGCAUUUGCUCAAGCUCACCCAAGCAAUGGACAAAGAGUGAACCCCCCACCACCACCUCAAGUCAGGAGUGUCACUCCUCCACCACCUCCAAGAGGCCAGACUCCCCCUCCACGAGGUACAACUCCACCGCCCCCCUCAUGGGAUCCAAGCUCACAGACGAAGCGCUAUUCUGGGAACAUGGAGUAUGUAAUCUCCCGAAUCUCUCCUGUGCCACCUGGGGCAUGGCAGGAGGGCUACCCUCCACCACCACUUAACACAUCCCCCAUGAGUCCCCCUAACCAGGGACAGAGAGGCAUUAAUUCUGUACCUGUUGGCAGACAGCCAAUCAUCAUGCAGAAUACUAACAAAUUUAACUUUCCACCAGGGAGACCUGGAAUUCAGAAUGGUGGUGGUCAAACUGAUUAUAUGCUACACCAAAAUGUUGUCCCUGCUGGCGUUGUGAAUCGGCAGCCACCACCUCCAUAUCCUCUGACCCCAACUAAUGGACAAAGCCCUUCUGCUUUACAAACAGCGGCAUCUGCUGCUCCUCCAUCAUAUACAAAUGGAAAUAUUCCUCAAUCCAUGAUGGUGCCAAACAGAAGCAGUCAUAACCUGGAACUAUAUAAUAUCACUGUGCCUGGACUGCAGACUACUUGGCCUCAGUCGUCUUCUGCUCCUGCUCAGUCAUCCCCAAGCAGUGGGCAUGAAAUUCCUACAUGGCAACCCAACAUACCAGUGAGGUCAAAUUCUUUUAAUAACCCGUUAACAAACAGAUCCAGUCACUCUGCUAAUUCUCAGCCUUCAGCUACAACAGUCACUGCAAUCACACCAGCACCUAUUCAACAGCCUGUAAAAAGCAUGCGGGUAUUAAAACCAGAGCUACAGACUGCUUUAGCGCCCACUCACCCUUCUUGGAUACCACAGCCAAUUCAAGCUGUCCAGCCCACUCCUUUUCCUGAGAGUACCGCUUCAAAUGUGACCGUCAUGCCGCCUGUUCCUGAAGCCCCCAACUACCAAGGGCCGCCACCACCUUACCCAAAGCACCUCCUCCACCAGAGCCCGUCUGUUCCUCCAUACGAGUCAGCAAACAGAGCUUCCAGAGAGGACCAGCCUAGCUCCUCCAAGGAAGAGGAGGGUGAGAAAAGCUUUGAAAAUAUGGAGAGUGGAGAGAAAGAAAAGAAACAGAUCACAACCUCCCCUAUCACCGUCAGGAAGAACAAGAAAGAUGAAGAGCGAAGAGAAUCUCGGAUUCAGAGUUACUCUCCUCAAGCGUUUAAGUUCUUCAUGGAACAGCACGUGGAAAAUGUCCUCAAGUCUCACCAGCAACGUCUGCAUCGUAAGAAACAGUUAGAGAAUGAAAUGAUGCGGGUUGGAUUAUCUCAAGAUGCCCAAGAUCAGAUGAGAAAGAUGCUUUGCCAAAAAGAAUCUAACUAUAUUCGUCUUAAAAGGGCUAAAAUGGACAAGUCUAUGUUUGUGAAGAUAAAGACACUAGGAAUAGGAGCAUUCGGUGAAGUCUGUCUAGCAAGAAAAGUUGAUACUAAAGCUUUGUAUGCAACCAAAACUCUCCGAAAGAAAGAUGUUCUGCUUCGAAACCAAGUUGCUCAUGUUAAAGCUGAGCGAGACAUCCUGGCUGAAGCUGACAACGAGUGGGUCGUUCGUUUAUAUUACUCAUUCCAAGACAAAGACAAUUUGUACUUUGUCAUGGACUACAUUCCUGGGGGUGAUAUGAUGAGCCUGUUAAUUAGAAUGGGCAUAUUUCCAGAAAAUCUAGCACGUUUCUACAUAGCAGAACUUACUUGUGCAGUCGAAAGUGUUCAUAAAAUGGGUUUUAUUCAUAGAGAUAUUAAGCCUGAUAACAUUUUGAUUGAUCGUGAUGGCCAUAUUAAAUUGACUGACUUUGGUCUGUGCACGGGCUUCAGGUGGACACAUGAUUCCAAGUACUACCAGAGUGGUGAUCAUCCACGGCAAGACAGCAUGGAUUUCAGUAACGAGUGGGGUGACCCUUCCAACUGUCGGUGUGGAGACAGACUGAAACCACUUGAGCGGAGAGCGGCACGCCAGCACCAACGGUGUCUGGCACACUCUUUGGUGGGGACUCCGAAUUAUAUUGCGCCUGAAGUGCUGCUGCGAACGGGAUAUACACAGUUAUGUGAUUGGUGGAGUGUUGGUGUUAUUCUUUUUGAAAUGUUGGUGGGACAACCUCCUUUUUUGGCACAAACACCAUUAGAAACACAAAUGAAGGUCAUCAACUGGCAGACGUCUCUUCACAUUCCCCCACAAGCUAAGCUGAGUCCCGAAGCCUCUGACCUGAUUGUCAAACUUUGCCGUGGACCAGAAGAUCGCUUAGGCAAGAAUGGUGCUGAUGAAAUAAAAGCUCAUCCGUUCUUCAAAACAAUUGAUUUCUCCAGUGAUCUGAGACAGCAGGCUGCUUCAUACAUUCCAAAAAUCACACACCCUACAGACACAUCAAAUUUUGACCCUGUUGAUCCUGAUAAGUUGUGGAGUGAUGAGAAUGAAGAAGAAAAUGUAAAUGACACUCUAAAUGGAUGGUAUAAAAAUGGAAAGCACCCUGAGCAUGCUUUCUAUGAGUUUACUUUCCGGCGGUUUUUUGAUGACAAUGGCUAUCCAUAUAAUUACCCAAAACCUAUUGAGUAUGAGUACAUGAAUUCCCAAGGAUCAGAGCAGCAGUCGGAUGAAGAUGAUCAGCACACAGGCUCAGAUGUCAAGAGUCGUGACUUGGUGUAUGUUUAAUAGACUAGGACAUAAUUGUAUUAAGCAUUGGCACACACACAAAAAAAAAACCCCGCCUGAAAUGCAGGGUUUUUGAAGUUCUGAAAGUAAGAUUAUGCAAAUGAGACAGAGCUUGGUGUGUAUGCUCUGUGUACAUUAUUUUAUUUUCCUAAAUUAUGGGAAAUCUUUUUAAAAUGUUAAUUUAUUCCACCCUUUUUAUCAGUAACUUAGAAUAAAUUGUUAUAAGAAAAGUAAAUUAUGAA